AUCUUCACUGGGUUCUCCGCGAUAUGAGUAUAGUGUCCGUGGAAGAACUGCGUAGAGUGGAUGUCGUCGGUUGAACAUCAUUGAGCAAGUCGCGUUUGAAUGCCAGGAAUGAUGGACAGUGUAUAAAGUGCAAUCAUACACCGAGCGUCGAAGUUUUUUUACAUCCCUUUGUUGAUACGCAACCAUGUUGUUCGACUGCCUUGUCCCAGGGCUCCUUCUGAGCUCUUUGGCGUUAGCUUUUCCGUCGCCCAAACCCAGACAAGCCGCCUCAGUGCUUCCCCUAUCGACGAAAGGGCGAGAUAUCGUCGAUGCCAACGGCGAUGUUUUCCACUACGUUUCGAGUAACUGGCCCGGUCAUCAAGAGAUCAUGAUUCCCGAGGGUCUUCAGCACUCCUCGGUGAAGGACAUCGUAUCUUGGUUCCCAAAACUUGGCCUCAACUCCGUCCGGUUGACGUUUGCCAUCGAGAUGGUCGAUGACUACUACAGCAACAGCACAAACCAGAGUCUUGAGAAGAGCGUAAUCAACGCCCUGGGGCAAACGAAUGGAACGAUUGUGCUCGAUCAAAUCCUGUCGAACAACCCACAGUUCACCAAGGAGACGACGAGGUUGGAGGUUUUUGACGAUGUUGCUAAAGAACUCGCCAGUCAGGGGGUGAUCCUCCACUUAGAUAACCACGUGAGCAAGGCAUUCUGGUGCUGCGGAGAUGACGACGGGAAUGGCUGGUUCGGCGAGAAGUACUUCGAUGUUGAGAACUGGAAGCGAGGUCUGGCGUUUAUGGCGAAGCACGCAAAAGAGAACUGGGGGUCGUUUUCAUCCAUCGGCCUGCGCAACGAGUUGCGGAGUGCGAAGAGUGCUGAACCUGUUGACUGGUAUACGUGGUACGUCCACAUGACGGCUGCUGCAGAUGCAGUUCACGAAGCGAAUUCCGAUGCUCUGAUCUUCUUCUCUGGGAUGUCGUACGAUAUCUACAUUGAUCCGAUCCCCCUUGGCAAGACCUUGAACGGCACUGCUGGAACGUCAACAGCCAACAAGACUGCCAAAUUCGUCCCCGACGACUUCGCUUUCAAGAACAAGAUUGUACUUGAGAUCCACAAAUACGAUUUCGAAAACACGCAGGACGACUGCGCAACCUUCAUCAGCAAGUGGUACCAGCAAGGGUUUCAAUCAGUUAACCCGGACGACCCGGCCACGAAAUACCUCUUCCCCAUGGUGAUUUCGGAAUGGGGGUUCAUUCAAAACGGAGUUUACUGGAACCAGACGACGUACGCAGAGUGUUUGAUUGAGAUGGUCGACAAAUAUCAGGUUGGCUGGCAGCAUUGGGACCUUGCUGGUAGCUAUUACUUGCAGACACGACCGGGUAGGACGCCAGAGACGAUUCAGGCGAUGGACGAGUCUUGGGGUUUGUUGAACUACGAUUGGACGGCUAUCCGCUCCCCGGUUACUCUUGAGAACAGCUUGUACAAGAUGAUCGACGUGUUGAAAUGAGCGGUUGCAUGAGAGACACUUAAUGCGAGUGCGGUUUCCUGCUGAAGUAUGGUAACUUAUAUCAAUUGAGGACUGGUAGAUAUGUCCUAUCGGCGGAUGUGGAGGUACAACGCCCUAGGAGGUGCAAGAU